CGGACGGGGAGGCGAGCGGUGGCGGAGGAGAUGGCUUCCCAGCCGCCUCCUCCCCCGAAACCCUGGGAGACCCGCCGAAUUCCUGGGGUCGGGCCGGGCCCGGGCCCCGGCCCCUCUUUCCAGUUGGAUGCUCUGAAGAUAUCUGUGAAGUCUAUCUGAUCCAGUGUGUUGUUCAAAGCCUAUAUUUCUUGGUUGAUCUUCUGCUUAGAUGAUCUGUCCAUUGCUAUCUGCUGAUUUGGGUCCUACUUUAUUGACAAGACCUGGACAACCAACACUUACCAGAGUGCCCCCACCUAUUCUUCCAAGGCCAUCACAGCAGACAGGAAGCAGCAAUGUGAAUACUUUCAGGCCUGCUUACAGUUCAUUUUCUUCAGGAUAUGGUGCCUAUGGAAAUUCAUUUUAUGGAAAUUAUAGCCCUUAUAGUUAUGGAUAUAAUGGGUUGGGCUAUAACCGCCUCCGGGUAGAUGAUCUGCCACCCAGUAGAUUUGUUCAGCAAGCUGAAGAAAGCAGCAGAGGUGCAUUUCAGUCCAUUGAAAGUAUUGUGCAUGCAUUUGCCUCCGUCAGUAUGAUGAUGGAUGCUACCUUUUCAGCUGUCUAUAACAGUUUCAGGGCUGUAUUGGAUGUAGCAAAUCACUUUUCCCGAUUAAAAAUCCAUUUCACAAAGGUUUUUUCAGCUUUUGCAUUAGUCAGGACUAUUAGGUAUCUUUAUAGACGGUUACAGUGGAUGAUAGGUUUAAGAAGAGGCUCUGAGAAUGAGGACCUAUGGGCAGAAAGUGAAGGAACUGUGGCUUGCCUUGGUGCUGAGGACAGAGCAGCUAACUCAGCAAAAUCCUGGCCAAUAUUCUUGUUCUUUGCUGUUAUCCUUGGUGGUCCUUACCUCAUCUGGAAACUGCUGUCUACCCAUAAUGAUGAAGUAACAGACAAUACCAACUGGGCAAGUGGUGAGGAUGACCACGUAGUUGCUAGAGCAGAAUAUGAUUUUGCUGCUGUAUCUGAAGAAGAAAUUUCUUUCCGUGCUGGUGAUAUGCUAAACUUAGCUCUCAAAGAACAGCAACCCAAAGUGCGUGGUUGGCUUCUGGCUAGUCUUGAUGGUCAAACAACAGGACUUAUACCUGCUAAUUAUGUAAAAAUUCUUGGUAAAAGAAGAGGUAGAAAAGCAGUGGAAUCCAGCAAAAUUUCCAAGCAGCAACAAUCUUUUACCAACACAACACUAAUUAAAGGAGCCACGGCUGCUGAUUCUUUGGAUGAACAGGAAGCUGCCUUUGAAUCUGUGUUUGUUGAAACUAAUAAGGUUCCAGUUGCACCUGAUUCCACUGGAAAAGGUGGAGAUAAACAAGAUCUUUGAUAUCUUUCAUGUUUGCCUGCAAUCAAACUAGACUUUUUAAAAAUUACUUCUUACAAAGAAAUUAAUCUACAAUCUGAUGAGCACAUUUGUUAAUGGCUAUUCCAGGUGUUUUGCUGCUAGAAAUUAUUAAAGUUGUACACUAGUAUGUUGGUCUAGUGACCUGGUUACAUUUUACAAGUUAUUGGACCAUGAGGAUAUUUGUUUCACCUAAAUUUUAAGAUUAUGGAGACUGCUGUCAUUUUCAUCUUCUUUAAAAUCCUAUGUUUAUGGAAAGUAAAAUUGAUGAACUAUAGAAUACACUGUUUGCUACAGUAGGGGUCUUUAAUGCUUUUUAAAGUUAGAGCUUAAUUGAUUUGGAAUCCUCAGAAAUUGAACGAUAACAUAUAAAUAUGAGAACAAGCAAAAAGCUACUUUUUUUUUUUUUUACAACUUUAAACUGAAUAAUAAAAAUUUUAUGAUCUGUGUUAUAUCCAGUCUUGGGUUUGCUUUAGGCAGUAAUAUGUCUUUACCUACCAACAAUUGAUACCUUUUAUUGUAUUUUUAAAAACUUACCUUGCAAAGGUCACUAGAAGUAUUCUGAAGGAGAUGGUUCUAGAGUGAUAUUUAACCCUUAAAGGUUUUCCUGCUAGUAAAAAGGCUAAGGCUGAAAUUUAUCUUUCUUACAGAUUAUUUCCAUUUCUUCUGAGGAUCAUAGAACUUUUUAUCCCUUUACAAUAUGCCUAGAUUUCAUCCUGCAUAAAUCAGAAUAUAUGCUAGAUUCGUUUUCUUUUUCUCUAGCCAAGACCCAAAUCCUUUGAGUUUGCACGUAACAGAAUAAUCAGUUCUAGCAUUAAUGAUUUAAGUCUUUUCAUGGAUUCUCUUUUCCCUAGUAUAAUUACUUUUUAAAUUCCAUAUUCAGGAUGUUCUUUAAACAUUGAAAAUGUGUCACAUUGCAUAUACAUUUCUUUUAGGUUUAGUUUUUACCACUGAGACUAUAAAUAAAAUGUUGAAUUGUCAUUUAGUGUAUGAUAAUGCUAUAUGACUUGUUUUGUGUUUAAUAAUGACUUUAAAUGCAGUUAAAUUUCAGUACACUGAAUAUUUCCCCCACAAAAUUGGAAAAUCCAUAUACUUGCUGUGAUCAUACUACAAAAUAAUACUGUCAGGGAUACAGGUGUACAAGAAUACAUUUACAGAUAUUAUUUAAAGCCUGGAACUAUUUGAAACAGAUUUUGAUUAUUUUCAUCUUCUUAUAGACUUUAUGUUCAUCAAAUCAGUAAUUCUAAAACAGUUCACACAAAAACAUGUAAGGACCAAAUUCUAUACUCAGCAUAGAAUUUUAGUAAAGGCUUUUGGGAACCUGUCUUUUGAAAUGACAGUAUAAGUAACAUAAUUUUUUUUUAAUUUUUUAUUCAUUUAUUCAUGAGAGACACAGAGAGGGAGAGAGAGGCAGAGACACAGGCAGAGGGUGAAACACGCUCCAUGCAGGGAGCCUGACAUGGGAUUCGAUCCUGGGACUCCAGGAUCACGCCCCGGGCCAAAGGCAGGCACCAAACUGCUGAGCCACCCAAGGAUCCCCCAAAUAACAUAAUUUAAAUUGGUCAUAAUUGACCCCGUGCUGAAAAAAAAAAUAAGUAAAAUUUAUCUUAGGACUGUUUUUUAACACCCAGAUAUUAUUUACUCUUCAAGUUGAGAUAAAGUUUCUUGUAUAUUAUUUUACAUUUGUGUUCUACAAUUAGAGGUUCUGCUUUUUUGUUGUUGUUAGAGUUAAAUUUAUGAAAAUUUUGUCCUUGAAAUAAUUUUCGAUAAAACAGAUUAUUAAAUUUGGGUUGAGACAUCAAAAUUGCUAGAAGUGAAGUGGGGAUGAAAUGUUGAGUCAGCUCUAUUUAGGUUAGAAAAGGCAAGUCUCUAGCACAGAAUUUGUGACUACGAUUAAAGGUACAUAAGACGAUUAAAGGUACAUAAGACGAGUAUAGCACAGAAUGAAUGACAAAAACAGUUUCACUUUUCUUAGGGUGUUUGUUUUUUGGCUAAGUAUACUAAAUUGUGAUAUCUGUUAUCGACAGGUAACUUUGACAGGUAACUUUGGUAACUUUGUUGUCUAAAAAUUCCUUUUCUACUUGAACUCUGGGAAAGGAAUUUAGAAUAAGCAGAGAAGUUUUGUAGCCUUUUUUUUAUCAUUACAGUUUUAGUAUAAUUUAUUAGAUGAGAUGUAAUGUUCACAGCUCUAAUAUUGUUAUUUUCAGGAACUUACUUAAGUACUACUUUACAAAAAUUACUAACUGAAGCCAAAACAUUUUCAAUUAAAUGGAACAGUAAAUCACAAGUCACAGUAAGAAAACAGAUUUCAUGUAAAUUAUUAUUUUCUGAUUGUAUUUUGUCAGUUUAGAAUGGAAAAGGUAAGAGGACUAAACAUUUUCAUAUUUUAACAUUUUAUUUUGGGUACUUGAUUUAGUCUGUCAUUAUGUCAUAAUUAUAUAUUUACUUGAAUACAGAUGUCCUUUAUUUUAUGCUAUCUUUAAUGGAAAAUAGCACAGAAGUUGUUCUUCAGUUAAAAUUUCAUUCUUAAUAGAUUGUGAAGUUACUUUUACUGGACAAAUAAAAAUAUAUUAAGCUUGGUUGACAUUUUUUGAAGAUAAACUUAACUCUUUUUGCAGGAUUGCAAUUAAUAUAAAAAGUAUCUUUUUCUUCAUAUCGUGUGUAUUAACUACUGCAAACCAAUUUGUUCUAUUUUUUGUGAUUUAAAGAAAAAUAACAUUUACAUUUAUGUAAAAAUUACCUAGAAGGUUAUAAAUAAAAACAAGACCAAAAAAAAAAAACAACAACAACAAGACCACAAGUUCAGGUUUUGAGAAAUCUAGAUGUUAGUCUGGAUACCACUAUGAACUCACUAUAAGAUUUAACUACAUUAAUUUUUAGUUUCCUCAGUGACAACAUUGGAGACAGCUGCUACAUCUGCCUCAUGUGAGAGUGCUCUUAAAAAAUGAAAAGCAAAAUCAAAAGUACGAUGUUACAGCAAGUAUCAGUUUUUUAAAUUUUUCUGUGUAUAUCGAAACUUCUUAAAUCCUGUAAAAAUGUUACAAAGGAUUUAUAUCUUGUCUAGAAUUUCAGAAUUGCAUAUACUAAAUUAAAAAUCAAAAUUCACUUGUACUUAUAACUUUGCCCAAAAUGUAGUUUAAAAUUAUUUUGCUGGGGAUCCCUGGGUGGAGCAGCGGUUUAUCGCCUGCCUUUGGCCCGGGGCGCGAUCCUGGAGACCCGGGAUCGAAUCCCACAUCGGGCUCCCGGUGCAUGGAGCCUGCUUCUCCCUCUGCCUGUGUCUCUGCCUCUCCCUCUCUCUCUGUGUGACUAUCAUAAAUAAAUAAAAAUUAAAAAAAAUAAAAUAAAAUAAAAUUAUUUUGCUGAGAGAAUGGCCUGAGAAAAAAACACAUUGGAAUAUUUAUUCAACACAAGAAAUUUUGUCUUUUCAGCAUUGCCUUGAAAUGUUCUUUCAUAUUAGUUUUUAUUUAGCUUAUCUUAUUUGGGAGAAUGAACUAUUUCUUUUAAACUCAGCAAAUGCAUAAAUCCUGUAGAAUACUUACAUAUUAUGCCCUGUGAAUAGUUUUUCACAUUUAAAGAAAUCAUGUUUAACUUAAGUCUUUUUUUUUAAUAAUAAAUUUAUUUUUUAUUGGUGUUCAAUUUAACCUAAGUCUUAAUGGUGUUUCUACUCAUGUAAAGUGUUUUGGUUUAUAAGGAUCUAAGUUGUUCAGAAUGAGUCAGUCCUUGAUCAUAUUCUUUAUGAAGCCAAUAUCAAUGGUCUAGAAAAGCUACACUUUUGUUCUGUUUUAUUUCACAUUAAUAGUUUUUAUUUCUCUCCUGCCUGCAAUUCCAUACUCCUUAUUCCCUACUAUAUUUAAUGUUUAUCCUUCCAGGUCUUUUCCCAAAAUUUAGGUAUAUUUCCUUGAAAAACUAUAUAUUAUAUGUUUUCUAUGUAAAUGAUACUGUGGUAUAAAUCUCAUUUUGCUUGUAACUUCCAUAAAAUAUUAGGUUUUAAGACCUAUUCCUGUUACCUUAUAUAACAUGCUUCUGACUGGUGCAUAUUCUACUGCAUUUGCAUACCAUAGCUGAUCUUUUCCUCUAAUCAUAAAUACUUAAGUUGUUCCCAGCUGUUCCACCUUCUCCAAACUUGUACAUGUCUUCCUAUGAACCUGCCCUGUAAUUUCUGUGGGAUAUAUGUCCCAGAGUAGAAUGGCUUGGGUUUGGGGUAUAUGCAAACUUAAUGUCAGGUAAGUGAUGCUUAAAUUUUUCUCAGGAGUGGUUGUACUACUUCACACUUGGACCAGCAAGACGUGAGGGAUUCAUUUUAUCUGCAUCUUCAGCAGCAUUUGACAUUUUCUGAUUUUUGUUAGUCUGAUAUGUGUGAAGCUGUGUUUUGCCUUAAUCUGCAUUGUCUGAUUAUUGAGACGAUGCAUAUGCUUUUUAGUCAUCCUGGUUUUCCAUUCUGUGGAAAAUACUAUACUUACAAGUUGCCCCUUUUUUGUUAGGUUUUUCCCUUUCUUGCUGAUUAUGUAGUACAAGAAUUUUUUUUAAUAUUCUUGACAUGAUAUUCUCUUGUCUGGCUCAGACAUUGCAAAUAACUUAGUCUUGUCAUUUGUUAAUUCUUGUCUUUGGUGUCCUUCAUGGAAUAGAAAUCUUUAAUUUUCCCAGUUGAGCUUUUUAGGGGUUGUUCUUCUAUCAGAUUUAUAGUUUCACCAUUUACAUUUAGGUCUUUAAUUGGAAUUUAUUUUUGGGUAUAGUAUGUGGCAUGAAGCCAACUUUUUCUCCAGCUAGUCAUUAAGGGAGAAAGGUUAACAAAACCCCUUCUCUCUAUGUAUGGGAAAAUGAUCUUGGUUUUACAUUCUCCUUACUACAAUUUCCUUGGAAAUCUAUUGAGUCAAGAUAAAUAUGGAAUGCUAGCUGCUUACUCAGCAACAUUUUUCUCUUGUACAGGCUUUGAGACUUCACUGAGUAAGGUAGGGCUGGUAACUGAGCUUGUUCCUCAUUGCAGAGACCUAGAACCUACUGUCAAGGAUUUUUACAAGAUAGCGGUUCCUGUGGCACAUGAGGCUUACCAAGGAGAAUGCCUUCCUCUACAUGAUAUGUUUACAGUGGUAUAUGCUUCUGUCAAGCUAAGUGACGUUGAUACCAAGUUAUAUCCUUUUGGGUCCUGUGACUGUCUGCUGGGCAUGUGGAGUAGGAUUGUAGUCCAGUUUUCUAACCAUCUACCUAAUAAUACAUAUUUUCCCCAUUUCAUUAUAUAGCAAUUAUCUGUAAACAUGAAAUUUUGAGGCUCUGCUCUGUUCUAUUGAUAUAUGUCAGUUCCUUUCCUAGUACAACACUGUCCUGAUUAAGGUUACUUUGUAAUAUGUCCUAAUAUCUAACAGGUGAAUCUGUUUUGGCCUACUUUUUAAAUUUUUAUUUUGUCCUAGUUUGUGAAAAUUACCUUAGCUGUUUAUAGAUUUUUAUUCUUUCAAGUUACAGUAUCAGUUUAUCAAGUUAUUUUUUUUAGAAAAGCUGUUGACAUUUUUAUUGGAAUUACAUUGAAUUUUUUUUUACAUUGAAUUUAUAAGUUAAUUUAGAGAGAAUUGACCUAAGGUCAAAUCAUCCCAUUUAUUAACAUAAUUUCUCCAUUUAGGACGUUAUGUAUAUGUGUGUUUGUUGGUUUCCUGUUUGUCUCUGUUGUUUUGGUUAGUUCCAAGGGACUAUAAAUUUUGUUACCUUUGAAAAUGGUGUUCUCUUAUUUCUGGCACAGGAAAUGCAUUGAACUUAGUGUGCUGAUCUUGUGUUUUCAGUUUUGAUGAAUGCUUAUUCUAAUAUUGAUUCUCUUGGAUUGUCUAUGUAAAUUCAAAUAAUGACAGUCUUACCUCUUCCUUUUCAAUCCUUGUGCUUCUCAUUCUCUGUUUUGACUAGGUUGCCAGUCUGUAUUGGACAGUGGCUGUGGUAGCAGGCAUUUUUAUUUUUUUCUACCUGAAGAGUCUAAAGUUGCUCUGUUAAAUGUGAUAUUUGCUGUGAGUUUUAUGCUAGUUAAUUUUUCAUUAAAAGUCUCCCCCCUUUUUUUAUUUAAGAUUUUAUUUAUUUAUUCAUGAGACAGAGAGAGAGAGAGAGAGAGACCGAGACACAGGCAGAGGGGAAGCAGGCUCCAUGCAAGGGAGCCUGACUUGGGACUCGAUCCCAGGUCUCUAGGAUCUGGCCCUGGGCUGAAGGCAGUGCUAAACGGCUGAGCCACCAGGGCUGCCCUAAGAGUUCCCUGUUAAUGCUAAUUUAAAUCUACAUUUGUUUGGAUUGUCUUUUGAUUUUUCACCUUCAGUAAUAGUAAUGUGAUGAAGAACGUUGAUUUUCUGAUACCAAAUCAUUUUUGCACUCCUGCUUGAUAAUGGGGGGUUUUUGUAUGAAAUAAUUUGUUUUAUCAAAAAUAUAAAGGAGUAUGAUAGAUGAUUAAUAUAAAAGUGAGGUACUAGCAUGCAGAAGCCUACCUGUAUUAGAAGGCAGUAUUGCUAGUGUUUGAUGAGGUAUCCCAGGAGAUGAUAAACUGAAAAGAGGCACUGGAUCAUAGUCGGGCUCCAGUUUCUCUGAGAAUUUAUGAGAACCUUUUCUGGAGAAGUCACUGGGCAAGGUCCUGGGGAAAUCCUGGGAAACCUAGGCUUAUCCACAGUUAGUGUAUUUUAAAAAGUGCCUGUUAUGAAAACAAUAUCUGCCUGUAACACAGUCUGGGCUGCUUAGGCUUUCCUGCUUUUAAGUUCCCUGCUUUCUUCUUCUUGUUUUCUGCUUUUAAGUAUCCUUCAGUGCUCAAAAGUAGGUCAAAGCAGAAUACUUGUGUGUUCUCAAAUGAACAGGGGACAGGGCUUGAAGGAAAACAAGGAUUUCAGCACAUGAUUUAGCUAAGCAAGUACAGCUAAUAAUCUAGGCCAGGUUCACUCAGGCUCUAUUAGAUUAAAAAUAUACUGUAAAGAAGGCAUCACUCUCCAUAUGUUUUCUUGAGUCAUUGUGCACAAGUCUGAACUGGUGGUUUUCUUUGUUUUGAGGUUUCCACUUUCCUAGAUAGUCUUUUUCUCCCCUGUUGUGAAUCUUUUAUCUUUCAUGAUUAAUAUUUUCCUCAGGUUUCUGCUGAACUUUAGUUGUCUUAUUAUCUUUAAGAAUGAGAGACUAGGAGGGGCGCCUGGGUAGUUGAGCGUCUGCCUUUGGCUUGGGUCAUGAUCUCAGGGUCCUGGCAUUCAGCCGCCCCACAUCGGGUUCCCUGCUCAGUGGAGUGUAUGCUUCUCCCUCUGCCCCUCCCCCUGCUUGUGCUCACUCUCUCUCAAAUAAAUAAAAUCUUUUUAAAAAAUGACUUAUUUAUAUAUUCAUGAGAGACACAGAGAGAGGCAGAUAUAUAGGCAGAGGGAGAAGCAGACUCCCUGGAGGGAGCCCUAUGCAGGACUCAAUCCCAGGACUCCGGGAUCACCCCCUGAGCUGAAGGCAGGUGCUCAACCACUGAGCCACCCAUGAGUCCCAAUAAAUUAAAUCUUAAAAAAAAAAAAAAAAAGAAUGAGAGACUAGGGGCACCUGGCUGGCUCAGUCAGUAGAGCAAGCAUGUGACUCUUGAUCUCAGGAUCAUGAGUUCAAGCCCCACAUUGGGCAUAGAGCUUACUUAAAAAAAAAGAGAGAGAGACAAUGCAUCUGAUGAAGACCUUGCACAGGCAGGUGGAGCUUGUUGUCUGUGAGCUUUAUGUUCAAGCUAGUUUGGAGGCCAUGGCAUAUGAUUUGUUACUAUUUCCGUGAAUUCAAUUAUCCAUCCAGUGUAAGAGUAACCUACCCAACUUACGGAAUGUUCAGGAAAAAUCGGACAGCAUGUUCACUGUAGGUAAGUGAUCUAGUGAGAGUGGAUCUAGUGAGUGUACAUGUGCACAAAUCUUCCAAACUCCCUAAUCAAACUCUGAGAAGCAAGAAGUGAGGGAGGGUAAGUGGGGGAAAAAAGAAGUACUGUCAUUCUGGAGAAAUACUUCCAUGUGGAAACAUGGAGUAGGGAAUUCUGUUAGAUUGAACAGUGUGUUAGGUUGAACUUUUUAAAGUACUCUCUACACCCAGAGAUCAAGAGUAGUCUGCUCUACCAACUGAGCCAGCCAGAUGCCCCUGAACUUAUAUUUUAAAUUCAUCUUUAUAUUUGCUUGUUUUUUGUUUUUUGUUUGUCUCCUUACUGCUUCUAAGUGGAGUGAGUAUAUUUUAAAUCUCCAUUUGAUGGGAGGCCUGGGUGGCUCAGAGGUUGAGUGUCUGCCUUCAGCCCAGGGCGUAAUCCUGGGGUCCCGGGAUCGAGUCCCACAUUGGGCUCCUUGCAUGGAGCCUGCUUCUCCCUCUGUCUGUGUCUCUGCUCUCUGUGUGUCUCUUGUGAAUAAAUAAAAAAAUCUUUUUUAAAAAUCUCCAUUUGAUAGCUUCUCAUGUUUUUUUAAAAGAUUUUUUUUAAUAUUUUAUUUAUUCAUCAGAGAGAGAGGCAGGCUCCUCACAGGGAGCUGGACUGGGACUCGAUCCCGGGACUCGAUCCCAGGACUCCAGGAUCAGCCCUGGGCCCAAGGCAGACGCUCAAUCGCUGAGCCAUCCAGGUGUCCCGUUUCUCAUCGUUUUAUCAGUUUUUAUUUCAUAAAUCUCUGCCACCUUAUUACAAGUUUUGUAUUUACCAUGCUUUGGGGUUCUGUUUUGUUUUUCAUAGAUAAUUUUUUUUCAGGUUUUUUCUUUUUGCUGCAAAAAGCUUUAUUGUGUCCAUUUGGUCCGUAGCUUGGGGGAGGGCUGCCUCCUGACUGCAGGGAGAGGCCCCGGCACCUGGUGGGGGUAGGGGGGCCGCGGGGGCCCUUCAGAGGCCCCUGGGCUUCCGAGGCUCCCCUUCCCCAGGGACCCUCGCUGCCCCGCGGGGGGAGUUGGCCGGUCGCCCACCUUGUGGUCCCCCUAUCAUCGUGCCUCGCCAGCAAGGCAGGCGGGGCCUGGUGGGUAGAGCCCAGGACGGGCGCUCCGAAAGGUUCCCCUUGUCGGCACGGCCCGGAGGAGAGCACGGAGAUGCAUGGUCAGGAGGCGCUCGGCUCCCUUGUGCUCCUGCUCAGGCUACGUGCGGGGGGGGGGGCCUCGGCCUCGGAGCCGCGCCCCCGAGGUAACGGCGGACCCCAGGGGCCGGCCGGGUGCCCUCAGGUGCUUGGACGGCGGCCUCCGCCUCGGAGGACUGGCUCCGAGUUUCCUGAGAGCUCAGGGUUCAUCAGUAACAAAGAGCUAAGCUCCAAGUAGGAUUUUGGCUGGACCCGGGGGCAGAGGGUGGCUGUUGGCUCCGAAGGUUGCCCUGGAGAAAAGGUGGGUUGGAAGGCGGUUGGUGGCCUGGAGAAGGGGAGCCCCGGGGCUGUUCGGUCCACACACUGCUGACCCAAGAGACAGACCUGCGACCGUAGAGCACGCUGCCUCUUCUUCAGGUUUGAAAGCUAUACAUUCUAUUUUUAUGCUUGGUUUGGUUACUUCUAACUCCUAAUUUUAUUUUCCUCUACCAGUGUUGAAAGUUACCAGUAUUGGAGGCCUACAACAACACAAGAUUGUUGGCCAACUGUCAUCCUCCCUGCUUUCUCCUGCAACCGCUUCUCCCUGUUGGCUCUUCCCUCACCAAUGUUGGUAUCACUUGAAGUUUUUAUUUUAGAUUGUUAUGGUUAAUUUUUUGUAUUUAAUA